CACCUUCGACGUCAUUCCAUAAAUAUCGACCGACAGGCGUGAUGAUGAAAUAUCAUUCUUGAUUUGUCUGGUCUUACGUUUUGGUAAGGAUGGGGACAAGUGAUAAUUUGAGAGAAGAACUGUCUUAUUCUAAUGUAUUUACAUUUUUGUGUUCAAAUUAUUCACCCAUUUCUUAAAAUUUAAUCCUAAUUUAUUGCGUAAUUGAAAAAUUAUCCGGGUUCAUGGAUAAAACGGUGACGAGUUCUACCAGCGGUGGAAAGGGCUUUUUGAGGGCAAUGAUGUUCCAGCAUAUGCGGUGGGAGUAUCUUGCAGCUGGUGUGAGCGGGGGUGUGAUUUCGACACUGGCACUGCAUCCGCUUGAUCUAGUCAAAAUCAGGUUUCAAGUUCAUGAAGGUUACGGAGUUGCGUUGACUCGACGGCCACAGUAUCAGGGCCUGAUCCAUGCCCUCAAAUCCAUCUUCUCCACCGGGGGAUUCCAGGGUCUCUAUCAAGGAGUCACGCCCAAUUUUGUGGGGGCAGGGAUGUCAUGGGGUCUCUAUUUCUUUUUUUACAACUCUAUCAAGACAUGGAUGCAGGAAGGGAACACUAAGAAGGCCUUGGCUGCAAAGGAACAUAUGCUCAUUGCCGCAGAAGCAGGUCUUCUGACACUGGCCCUGACCAAUCCUAUAUGGGUCACAAAGACACGUAUGUGCCUUCAGUAUGAGGCGGGAGCUGCAAGCAGCACCCAGUAUAAGGGCAUGCUAGAUGCCCUCGUAAAACUAUGGAAAUAUGAGGGCAUUCGAGGAUAUUACAAGGGGUUUGUCCCAGGCAUUCUUGGCAUUGCCCAUGGAGCGAUCCAGUUUACGUUGUAUGAAGAGAUGAAGAAUAGGUAUAAUCAACAUAAAGGCCGAUCCAUCGAUUAUAGGCUGGGCACCCUGGAGUACCUGGGGAUGUCAGCUGUCUCGAAGAUAAUAGCUGCGACAUGCACAUAUCCCUAUCAGGUGCUCCGAUCACGUCUACAGGAACAACACAGCACGUACACGGGCGUUAUUGAUGUCGUCAGGAAAAUAUUCAAGUAUGAGGGUGUCCGAGGGUUCUAUAAGGGCAUCCCUGUCUACCUCGUCCACGUCACUCCCAACAUUUGCAUCGUGUUCAUGAUCUACGAAUAUGUGAUAAAUUGGAAAACGUGGCAAAAUAAGGACGCAUGGACUGAUGAUAGCUGAAGAAAAGAGAUGACAACUGAAUUGUGAGUGGAAAUGUGGUGGUAGUUUAAUCUCAUCAACUACCCUAGAUGUAUGUGGAAACUUUCAACUGAAACUGAGCGCUCUCAUCAGACCAACUACGUUCAUCACUCAACUGCGAUGUUUUUACCAUGUUAUAAUUGUAUUGGUAAUAAGCCUCAGUAAUCCUUUCAUUUGAAUAACACAUGUUAUGUGUGUACAAGAGGGAAAACAACUCUUGCCUUUAAAAAUAUACAGUUGUACAGUUGGUAAAUGUUUUUGCAAUUAACAUACAUGUGUAUUCUGUUAUUGUCCAUAUACAUGUACAUGCACUAAAGAUAUCAUUUAUGUUUUCCGUCACUUUUUAAUGUUAUAACAAUGAUAUACCUACAAGUCUCUUUUUUAAUGGUACCUUUUUUAGAACUCACUGAUUAAGUUUGAUAUGUUUGCACAAUUUGAUUCAUAAAAGUGUUAGUUUAAGCCCUAGUUUUGAAUAUUUUGGUAGUAAAUCUACAGGAUACAUGUACAAGAAAUUUUCCCAGGAUUACCCCUAAACGCUAAAUUCUAUUGAGACAAUUUAAAAAUCUUUUAAGGCUUUGGUCUUAUUGAAUGGUAAUUUUGUUAUUGGCAUGAUUUAAGAAACUUGUAUGAAAAUGCAUGCAGUUAUAACUGUGGCAGUGCGGGUUGGAAAUUUGAAAUCUCAAGACAGAUGUGAUCUCAUGCUAGUCCUUGUGUAUCACAAGGAAUGUCACCUUUACAUCAAGUACAAUUUGUAUGGUUAUUUUGAUGGUUCUAUUUUAUGACCCUUUGUGGUUUUACUCUACAUAGGUCAGCAUUAAAAGUACAAACAUGUGUUCUGUCACCAUUUAGUGUUUUAUUAUUCCUUCAAAUUCUAAUAGUGAUUGUCUUAAAUGAAAUGGUGCUUUUUGUGCAGUUAAACACACUUUUUUCAAGUACCGUCCUACAUUUAAGACACUUAAAAGAUACUAGUAACCUGUUGUUUAUUUGUAAACAGACUGCUGUUGACAAUUGAAGGUGAGUUACGUGCACAUUCUGAUACUGCUAAGCUGCCUUCAGAAUUAAAGGGACACAAUAUAGAUUCACACUUGACUUAGGAAUUUGUGACCACAUACCUACAUGUUGAAAACCCCAUUUACAUACUAAAUAUGGCUGAAUGUUUGCCUCAUCUGACAAAUGUUUAAUCUUUUAGUGAUGGAAGCCAAACACAUAAUAAUGCUCUUUGUAUUACAUGUAGUUAUAGCUAUAUGUUGAAAAUCCCAUUUAUAAAUAUAUGUAAUGGAAAAUAUUUUUUAUCUGAUCACAAAUCACAUGCCUGUUUUGCUUUGAUCAUUCAAGUCAAAUGAGAAAAAAAAUCGUAUUUGUCUUCUGUGAAUGUAUCAAGUCUAUACCUCUAUCGUGCCCCUUUAAGCAUUUAUUUAUUCAAAUCUUUAACCUGUGAUACGAGUUCAGUAUUGGUGGUUGAGUUCAGUAUUGGUGGUUCAUAUGUACUAAUUUUGUAUAUUGAAGACAGGAUUUAUUCACAUGUGUUCAAGAAGUUUUUGUUUAAAUGUUUACUGAAUGUGCGUUAUCUUAAACACUUUCAGCACAUUUCUGAUGAAGCAUGGUGAUCUGUGAUACCGAAACUAUUGAACUGUUUGUAAUCCUCAUGUUGUUGUUUCGUAAUCAUGAUUAACUUAAGGAGUCGUGACCUCGAAAAUUCGAAUACUCCGAUUAAAGGGACAUUCCUUCAUAUUAAAUUGGCUUUGCAAAUGUUAAUGGAACAUAGCUAUUUUGUAUGCCAUUUUAUUCAUUAAAGCUGCACUCUCACAGAUUUACCGUUUUGACAACUUUUUUUUAUAUUGUCUUACAAUGAGGUGUAAAUAUCUGCAAACCAGUGAUAUAAGAUCUGAUUUUUUGUCAGCAAUCUUAUAUCACUGGUUUCCAUGCAGUUUCGAAUAAUUAAGCUAGUUCCAAGACAAAAGUUGUCAAAACGUUAAGUAUGUGAAAGUGCAGCUUUAAGACUGUAAUUGCAUUCCUUUGACUUUUUAUAAAACAUGUGUUCAUUUUUAUACCAAAAGGACACAGUAUUAAAUUAUUAACAAUUAAUAUAUAUGUACAUUCUUCUGUCACAGCGAUUGGCAUUUGACUCAUAUGCAUCUCUGUGAAAAUCAUUUCCCAUAAGAAUCAAAGUCAACAAAAAUAACCUUGUGGUCAAAAGAAACACAAGCCCAAUAUGGUUCAAGGCUUUCGGGCUUACUCAAAUUCUGGCUUGUUGAAAAUAUUGUUGCCAAGCAUUUAAGUGUAAGAAUUUGGGCCUGCUCACCCACAUAUCACAUGAUUAUGAAUGUAUACCCGCAUUGUAUCUUUAAUGGAAGCUUUUAUUGGUAACUACAUUUAUUGUAAAUAUAGCUGAACGUUUGCCUCAUCUGGCAAAUGUUUAAUAUUUUAGUGCUGGAAGCCAACACAUAAUAAUGCUCGUUGUAUUAAUAUGAACUGAUGCACAGAGUUCUGUAUAUCAAUUUCUAAUAUUUGUGUGAUUUUUUCCCUCAAAUAUUAUUUUUAUGUUUUAACGAGUUUUGAUAACUCAUUGUUAUCAUGUAUUUUAUUUUAUUUUUAUGGUAAAAUGAUGUUUGUAAAUGAUGGUUUCACAUUACAUUACUAUGACGGCUGUACCCAUGGCUGUACCUAUACUGUCAUUCGAUGUUUAAUAUUAGAGAGUACAGUCAUGACUUGUGUUGAUAUUAUGAUGAUGUUGUGUAUUGCGUUUUUAUUCUAUACUUGUGAUGCAAUGCCAAAUACAGUAAACAUCUAUCCUCUGG